AUGGGGAGUUCCUUGGCUCGUAUCAAGACCAUUGACGUAGACGAAGGCCUCUUCCCCAUUCGACUCGACCUUGGGAACCCAAGCAUCCAGGAGAGCGUUCAGUUGUGGGCAAACUACUUUGCGAUGCAAUUGCACAAGCGGGAUCUGGUUCUCUACCUCUAUAACAUGGCUUUCGAGGCUUUUCCUCCGAACGGGUCUGAUCAAACAGACAAAGAGAUAAGCGAUCCCGAGGGAAAGAAGUUGGUGCAGGUCAUUCGAUGCGCAUUGAACCUUUCAACCUUCAACGAAAUCGAAUCCGACAUUGCCACAGAUUCUAGUAAGUUGCUGAUAUCAUGCAAGAAGCUUGAGAGCAGUCAAAUGCAAACGGGCUGA